AUGCAAUCCUCUUCAGAACAGUACGCACACUUUAACCGCCAGUCAACCCGUCAUCCCACUGACCAGGCACUUAUAGGCAACUGUCCCAGCGAUGAUGCCCUUGGCAUGAGCAUCGACAUCGACUUCUCCAAAGGCGAGGUUAACUCCUUCGCAGCCUCCGGAUCGCCCAAAUACGACAGCGAGGGCGUCUCCUUCACCGUCGCCCGCUCCAAUGACGCGCCGCAGCUGGCAUCCCUCUUCUACAUCAUGUUCGGCCGUGUCGAGAUCACCAUGAAGGCUGCUCCCGGAGCUGGUAUCGUAUCGUCGCUCGUUCUCCAGUCCGACGUGCUCGACGAGAUCGACAUUGAAUGGCUCGGCUCCGAUAAUGACCAGAUCCAGUCAAACUACUUUGGAAAGGGCCAGACGACCUCGUACAACCGCGGCGAGUUUCACGACGUGACAAAUACGCAGGGCGAGUGGAUUACAUAUACCGUCGACUGGACCAAGGACCGCAUCGUCUGGAUGGCUGGCGGCACUGUCGUUCGAACCCUCAACGCUGGCGACGCCGAGGAUAACCAAUACCCUCAAACUCCGAUGCAAGUCAAGUUUGGCGCUUGGGCUGGUGGUGACCCCAACACAAACUCCGCAGGCACCGUCAAAUGGGCCCAAGGACCAACAGACUACUCUAAAGGCCCCUUCACCAUGAAGGUCAAGAGUAUCAUUGUCACAGACUACUCAACUGGUGACGAGUACAAAUACAAGGACACAUCUGGCUCCUGGCAGUCAAUCGAAUCUGUCGGCGGUGAGAUCAACGGCAACGAAAACGGCGAUGCCAUGACCGUCACUGCUACCGCCCAAGGAACUGUCGCUACGGCCGAUGGAAACGUUCCCGUCGGAGGUAUCGCCGAGGAUGGAAGUCCCGCUACAGCUACACAGACGGGAUGGCCCUGGACCGGCUCCCGACCUUCUGGCGGAGCUAUCCCCGAAGGCUGGAGGCUCAACGCCAAGGGGAAAAUCAUUCCCGCCGAGAACAGCGCCUUCGUUCUUCAGCCUUUACACAGCGUUGUUGCUGUUAUACCCUUCUUGGCCGGCAUCAUGGCAUUUGCUGGUCGUUUCUUCUAG